AUGGCACCUGAAAUUGAAGAAGAGCAUGUUGAGACACUUUCAAUGAAUGGCAAUAAAUGCAAGUCAAGAAUUUCAUAUGAUCUCAGGAAGAACAGCCUUCACUUAAGCAUGAUGAUUUCGGAGAUGAAAUUCAAGACAUUUCACAACACAAUGAUAGAGUACAUGGAAGAAAUGGACAAGCUAGGGAUGAUUAUAAUGGAGAUAUUGGCUCAUGGAUUAGGCCUUGCAUAUGACUUCUUCAGCAAGAACUUUGAAGAAAAGGAGGCUACUAUUUUUAGAAUAAGCAGAUAUCCUCCUUGUCCUCUUGCAGAGAAGAUUGUAGGCAUAGGGAUUUAUUCAGACUCCCAAUCAUUAACCAUAUUGUAUCAACACCAGCAAGUUUGGACAAAUGGAAGGUUAAAGAGUGUUAUACACAGGGCAGUGGUGAAUAAGGAGAAGCAGAGGCUAUCAAUGGCAUAUUUCAUGAAUCCAACAAGCAGUGCAACAAUUGAAUGCCCUCCACAGCUUAUUGAUUCAGUUUCUAAUCCAAGAAAAUAUGUACCUUUUACGUGGGGUGAACUGCAGCACCUUCUUUUGACUACCAGGAGGGUUAGGGGCAAAGCUGUUGCCAUCAAUAAUUUCCUUAUUUCUAGUUGA